ACCCAGUCAGUCAUGAAUAUACAUACGUCUUCGUGCCGGUUCAAUUGAUGUUUGUUGGACUGUGGAAGUGGUGUUCGUAUUUGGGACCCACAUAAAAUAUUUAAUAUCUUAAUAUUAUCUAUAGUAAAAGCAUUUAUACAAUGUCAGAAUUAAUCGAUAUCGAUGGAAGUGUAUUAGAAGGGGGAGGACAGAUUCUUCGUUUAUCCGUAUCUUUUAGUGCAAUAUUAGGAGUACCGAUAAGAGUAUUUAAUAUAAGAGCCAAGAGAAGUAAACCUGGACUAGCAGCUCAGCACCUCAUAGGCAUAAAGCUUGUAGCGGACAUGUGUGGGGCGAAACUUAAGGGAGACAGUAUUGGGUCCACUGAGAUAGAGUUCAGACCCGGCUCAAGGUUAAAGGGAGGACACUAUGUAGCUGACACAAGGACAGCAGGAUCAAUAAGCUUGCUAUUACAAGUAGCAUUACCAUGUGCGCUACUGGCAGAUGGACCUGUGACCUUAGAUCUCAAGGGUGGAACUAACGCAGACAUGGCGCCACAGUUUGAUUACAUGACGGAGGUGUUCCUGCCUGUGCUGAAGAAAUUCGGAGCUAGAUUUGACUUUACUAUACAUAGGCGAGGCUACUACCCUAAAGGCGGAGGUUUCGUAUCUAUAGAAGUAAUGCCGGUAAAAAAGUUCCUUUCUGUGAACAUGACUGAAAGAGGAAACAUUAGUAGGAUCUUUGGAUGGAGUUUUGUUGCCGGAACAUUACCUAUUAAGUUGGCAAAUGAGAUGUCAGAAGGAUUGAAGGAGGGCCUACAAGAUAUACACGUGCCUGUAGAGAUCGAAGUAUACAAGGAACUCCGAGAAAUCGCGCCAAACAAUUGCAGUGGUAUCAUCGUGGUGUGCGAGACCUCUCUGGGCUGCGUGCUGGGCGCGGACGGGCUGGGGCGGCGCGGGCAGGAUGCGCGCGGCGUGGGGCGCGACGCCGCGGGGGCGCUGCGGCGGGGGCUGGCCGCCGGGGGCUGCGCCGACACGCAUCUGCAGGAUCAGCUGCUAAUAUACAUGGCCUUAGCGGAGGGUAAAUCAGCUGUCCGAGUGGGAGAAAUAACUCUUCACACGAAAACUGCCAUACAUAUAGCAGAAAAGGUCGCUCAGGUGAAAUUUGAAGUUAUUGAGGAAGAUGAGCAGAAUAUUAUCCAGUGCAAUGGUAUAGGAAUCCUUAACAAAUACUAUCCGGGCAAUGUAUGAACUGUAGAUAAUGCUAUGAAAUGGACUUGUGCUUAAAAGAAACCUCAUCAAGAGAUUUUCCAACUGUUUGUUGUAAUACAAUAAUUGUGAGCGCCAUGUUCCGAAUUAUUUAAUAAGCUUUUGUAUAUUUAUUGUAUCUAUUGUA